AUGGCGAUCGAUAAGAUUUUUGUCAAAGAUAUCUCGGCCAUUGCAAUCACCGGUAAAGACGCGUGGAAUCGGCCUUCUCCACAACCAAUCAACGUUUCCGUGUCGCUAAACACCGAUUUCCACGAGGCAUCAGUCACGGAUAAUUUGAAAUACAGUAUUAAUUAUGCCGUGUUGACGAGGAAAAUCUCUGAUUAUUUGAGGUCGCACGAGCACAAGAAUUUCAAGUCCUUGGGCAACAUUGCAGAAGCUGUGAGCGCAAUUGCCCUCGAUGAAAAAAACGGCGGAGGUGAAACUGCCGAGGUUGUUGUGAAUAGCCCCAAAUCGGAGAUCCGGGCUGAAAGUGUCGAGUAUCGACUUGUUCGGUCUAAGCUGAGCAAUGAGGCUCAGAGCAGCAGCGACGUGUACAAGAUCAACAAGUUGAGACUCUUGGCAAUCAUUGGGGUAUUCACUUUUGAACGUCUUCAAAAGCAGAUUGUGGAUCUUGACCUUGCGUUCAAAAUCGCCAAGGAUGACCCCAGCUUGGACUUCCACACAAUCACGGCCGACAUUGUCAACUUUGUUGAAACUUCCAAUUUCAAAACAGUGGAGGCAUUGGUGUUUAAAAUUGGCCAAUUGGCUUUUCAGAAAUACGGCAAAUUUGGGAUUGAGUCGUUGGAUGUCACCGUUGCCAAACCAAACGCAUUCAGCCAUGUUGAAGGCGUCGGUGUGAGUUCCACAAUGAAGGCUUCUAAUUUCGCUAAUCUUCCGCCAAUAGUUGUUGGGAGCGGAGAUGAAGCCGAUUCUUCUCAAAAACAAUUCAAUAUGCCCGUGGAAAGUGACGGUGUAGAGAACUACAAUGGGCCUCACACCGCUUUCAUUGCUGUGGGUUCAAAUACGGGAGAUCAAGUAGCAAACAUUUCCAAGGCAUUGGAUUUGCUCAAGAGGUACAAUAUUGAGGUUGAAUCAACGUCUUCUUUGUACGUUUCCAAGCCAAUGUACCACUUGGAACAGCCAGAUUUCAUAAAUGGAGUAGUUAAAGUUAAAUUCUCGGACCACUCGCCUGCCCAAUUGCUCAAAUUCUUAAAGGAAAUCGAGUAUGUGCAUAUGCUGAGAGAAAAGGAGUUUGACAAUGGACCAAGGUCCAUUGAUUUGGACAUUGUCGUCUACGAUAACGUGGUCAUCAACACCGAGGACUUGACUAUCCCCCACAAGUCGGUAUUGGAAAGGACAUUUGUGCUUCAGCCUUUAUGCGAAUUGGUGCCUCCCGACCAAACCCAUCCAAUUAGUGCAGAGACUUUCCAUAGUCAUUUGGAACAGCUCUUGGGUAAUUCCCCCGAUCAAAGCGUCCAGGAGGAUUCCAAGCUAUUACAAAUUGUGCCUGUUGCCAAGCGAGACCCCAAAUCCAACAUUUUGAAAUUUGAUCAAAUUGACUUCCAGUCGCCGACUCUCGUGAUGGGUAUCUUGAACAUGACCCCAGACUCGUUCAGUGAUGGUGGCAAGUUUCUUGGUCAAAAAUUGGAGCAACUUGUUGAGGAGGCUGCACAAAUGGCAAGGAACGGUGCGCAAAUAAUAGACAUCGGUGGAGUUUCUACACGUCCCGGCAGCGUUGAACCUUCCGAGGAGGAGGAGUUGGAGCGAGUUUUGCCCUUGGUCAAGGCAAUCAGAGCCUCUGGUGAUGCAGAGUUAGCCCAGUGCUUGAUUUCUGUUGACACCUAUAGAGCCACAGUAGCUGAGCAGUGCUUAGAAGCUGGCGCAGACAUUAUCAACGAUAUAUCAAUGGGGCUUUACGAUGAGCGCAUAUUUGACGUGGUUGCAAAAUACGGUUGCCCGUACAUUAUGAACCAUACGCGAGGGACACUGCAGACCAUGUCCAAAUUGACCAAGUACGAAGCCAACGAGAAUGACGACAUUGUUGAAUUCGUCGUUGAUCCAACGAAUGUCGAUAAGAAGGAUGUGUCACCCACGACGCCUCAUCUCAACAAUAUGCUAAAUGGGGUGUCUCGAGAACUCUCUGUGCAGAUACUCAAGAGCUUUAAACAUGGGGUGAGGAAAUGGCAGAUUAUACUCGACCCGGGAGUCGGAUUCGCCAAGAAUAUGGAGCAAAAUAUAGCCAUCGUGAGAAACGCUUCCAUUUUCAAACAAUAUUCUAUCCAAGUCAACCAAAGAGUCAAAGAUUCGCCCGACUUGGCCGAUAGCAAGUACCUCAGCUUCAACGGCAUGAGUGUUUUGGUCGGCACCUCGAGAAAGAGAUUUUUGGGCACGAUAACUGGCAAGACCGAAAACGCAACCGAUCGCAUGAUGGCUACAGCAGCAACGGUGACCUCGUGCAUUGAGCAGCAUGUUGACAUUGUUCGAGUCCACGACGUUCCCCAAAUGAAAGACGUUGUAUUGACGAGUGAUGCAAUUUAUAAAAACCUUUAUUAG